AUGGGGGCAGUGGGGAAGCGGGUGUUCGCCUGGUGCUCUGGAUGCCAGCAGGCAGAGGACUCGUCAAGCCCUUACAUGUUUGAACGUAGCAGAGUGUAUUGUGCAGUGGAAAGUCUGGGCUUGAAGGCAGAAGAGUGUGGGCUGGCACUUCACCUGUCCGCCCUGGCAGCCGAGGCACUUAGCUUGGAGCUCAGCCCCUCUGCGGCUGAUGCGGUCAGAUAA